AUGGUGCGAGCUGAGACUGGAACGGGACGAUGGUGGGCAGCAGGAUGUUCGAGCUAUGUGCUGGUGGCAACAGUGGCAGGCUCCCUGCUGCCUCUCGACACCGAACGUCUUCGAGCCAGCGUCGGCGGCUUCGCGGUCAUGAAUUGCCACCUCGACUUUCCCUUCGGCAAUGAGAUACCUUAUCAUUUACAGUGGGAUAAGGAUGGAGAGACCAUCUUCUCGUGGUACAGUGGGGACGAGGCGCCGCGUGUUGCGGACCGGUGGGGCGGGCGGCUGCGGCGGCUGGGCGACGGCCAGCUGGGGCUCGGCCGCGGCUCCAUCAACGUGAGCGCUGUGCGCGAGACCGACGCCGGCCUCUACCGUUGCCGAGUCAUCUUUCCUAACCGUUCGCCGCCUGCUCGUAAUAACGGCACCUUCUACUAUCUAGACGUGGACGGUGGGAAUCUGAUUGUGACACCUCCGAUGAACGCUACUGUACUAGAAGGUGAUCGCGCCGAGCUCGAAUGCUUACCUAAGGACCCCGCAUCUGUAGUGCAGUGGUACAAGGAUAGCGCUGUCCUCAGUGAGCUGCCUGAGUUGGCGGAACGCUCGGAGCUUCCGCCGAACGGCAGUCUUGUGAUACGUCACGCAGUUAGCACCGAUCUCGGCGAGUACGAGUGUCGCUUGAGUGCACCCGAUGGACAAACGCAAAGCGCCAGUGCAUUUCUCGACGUACAGUAUAAGGCAAAAGUGGUCUAUUCACCCAAAGAGCGCUAUCUCCCGUUCGGCAAACCUGCGAGUCUAGAUUGUCAUUUUAGCGCAAAUCCACCUUUGACAAAUCUACGAUGGGAAAAAGACGGCUUUCUUUUCGAUCCUUACAACGUGCCUGGCGUGUUCUAUAGCAUGAACGGCAGUCUAUUAUUCAACCGAGUAGACGAGUCGCACGAGGGCGUGUACUCGUGCACGCCGUACAACGCGCUGGGCUCAGAGGGCCCGUCAGCGGGCGUGCGCGUGCGCGUGUCGCGCGCGCCGGCGCUGGCGCUGCGGCCGCAGCCGCUGUACCUGGCGCGCCUCGGCGCCUCGCUGGCGCUGCCGUGUGCCGCCGCGCCGCAGCCACACCUCGCGCCCGUGCUGCGCUGGACCAGGGUGCGUACAAACCCCUGCGGCCGCAGCCGCUCUACCUGCCGCGCCUCGGCGCCUCGCUGGCGCUGCCGUGUGCCGCCACGCCGCAGCCACAUCUCGCGCCCGUGCUGCGCUGGACCAGGGUGCGUACAAACCCCUGCGGCCGCAGCCGCUCUACCUGCCGCACCUCGGCGCCUCGCUGGCGCUGCCGUGUGCCGCCGCGCCACAGCCACACCUCGCGCCCGCGCUGCGCUGGACCAGGGUGCGUACAAACCCCUGCGGCCACAGCCGCUGUACCUGGCAUGCCUCAGCGCCUCGCUGGCUCUGCCGUGUGCCGCCACGCUGUAG